AUUUUUUUCUCCCUGUCCCUCUCACAAGGCGCUCUUUAAGCUCCGGUGUUGCCACACAGAGCAGCCAUUCAUCGGCUCUACAGUCAGCCACACACACUUCCAUGCUGAACCACUGGACGUCUAAAUUGAUUUAACCGCUGCUGCUGAAGAGGAUUUCCAGUCGAAGGUGGAACGCAUUUGGACACUUUUACGCAACAGUAUGGCUUUGCCUAAGAAGAGUCAACAAUAACUGGGCUCGUUGGACACCGCGGGCAUUUAUUUAAAACAAUUUCAUCACGCUGAUUAGUUAGAUCUGUAACAAAUUUACCAUUAGAGGAUUGUCCUAUAAUUUGUCGAAACUGAAAAGAAAAAUGUCCGGCGAGGAGCACAGCCUGUCCGAAGCGGAGUUGAGUCCCGUAGGGUCAGACGAUGGUCACUCACUGUCACCGACUCAACCUGGAGCCCCGCCCGGCCAGGAGUCACCUCUGACAGGGCCACCGCAGCAGCUGACCGCGCUAUGUGUUGCGGACGGCAGCGGUGAUGAUGGAGGAGGCAGACCGAGAGCCAAGUCUGAGGAAGAUGACGAUCGCUUCCCGAUCGGCAUCAGGGAGGCGGUCAGUCAGGUGCUGGACGGGUAUGACUGGACACUUGUGCCAAUGCCGGUGCGCGUAAACAACGGAAACAAAACUAAACCCCAUGUCAAAAGGCCAAUGAACGCCUUCAUGGUGUGGGCGCAAGCGGCGAGGAGGAAACUCGCGGACCAGUACCCCCACCUACACAACGCGGAGCUCAGCAAGACCCUGGGCAAACUGUGGAGGCUACUGAAUGAGAACGACAAGAGGCCAUUCAUCGAGGAGGCAGAGAGGCUGAGGAAACAGCACAAGAAGGACUACCCAGAGUACAAGUACCAGCCCCGGAGACGUAAAAAUGGCAAACUGAUGCCUUCUAAUGAGUCAGACAGCCAGGGGGAAGGGGAGGCCAGCCACUCCCAGUCACACUACAAGGCUGUGCAUCUUGAUCACAAUGGGGGAGCUGGGUCUCCAUUGGGUGACCUGCACCACCACCACCACCAUCACCACCAUCCUGCUGGUCAGGGUCACAGCCCACCAACUCCACCCACCACCCCAAAGACAGAGCUCCAGUCUGGGAAACUGUCAGAUGCCAAGAGGGAGGGGGGAGCAGGAGCUGCUGGAGGAUCAGGGGGGGCCAGGGGAGCCCUUGGGGUUGGAGCUGAAGGGUCAUCUGGUGGUGCCUCAUCUUCAAGUGCUAAACCCCACAUCGACUUUGGCACCAUGGACAUUGGCGAAAUCAGCCAUGAGGUGAUGUCCAACAUUGAACCAUUUGAUGUGAAUGAGUUUGACCAGUACCUGCCUCCAAACGGCCACCCUCAGAGUGCAACCGGGGCUCCUGCAGCUGGAUCCUCAGCCUCAUCUUAUGCCUAUGCCCUGGCUGCUGCAAGCGGCCACUCUGCCUGGCUCUCCAAACAGCAGCAACAGCCUCAGGCCUCACCAUCCUCAUCUGACCCAUCCAAGGCUCAGAUCAAAAGUGAGUCUGCCUCCGGUACCCACUAUGCCGAGGCCUCUUCUUCUCCCUCCUCAGGCACCCAUGUCACCUACACCCCACUCAGCCUGCCUCACUAUGGCUCUGCGUUCCCAUCGUUGGCCUCCAGGGCUCAGUUCGAGUAUGGAGACCACCAGGCCUCUGGGUACUAUGCCCACUCCAGCCAGGCCCCUGGGCUGUACUCAGCCUUUUCCUACAUGGGCCCUACACAGAGGCCUCUGUACACUACCAUAGGAGACCCCUCCAGCGUGGCGCCCUCUCACAGCCCCACUCACUGGGAGCAGCCUGUUUACACCACACUCACAAGACCUUGAGGGAGACCAGCUGAGCAGAGGGAAAUAUGGGAAGCGUUUGAGUGGAUCUGUGUGCGUUCAAAUAUGUGAGUGCGUGCAUGCGUGCGUGCGUGCGUGCGUGUGUGUGUGUGUGUGUGUGUGUGUGUGCGUGCGCGCGCGUGUGUUUGCCAUAUUGAUGUUAUAUUAGACGUUUUUACUUUUGUAGCCAAUUUAAUGCAAAAUGCAUCUAUGGGGCCUUACACAGUUAAAAAAUAGCCACAAAUUCGUGCAGUAUAAAUUGUGAUUCAUGGGUCAAUAGCCAAUCAAAAACAGAAAAAAAAAACCCUAAUGAACAUGUGCCAUCAUAAAUUUAUAAGUUGGGAUGUACAGAACGGGUGUAUACUAAAGGCAGAAGAAUGAGACGCCGAAAGUGGAAAAAUGGAUUGAUGAGUGAGUCCGAUUUGACCCAGAAGUGCUGGGUUUAGACUGACAUAAUCAAAUUCUAUUAACCAAACUAAAGCAUGUUUGUGAUGUUUUUGUGUUAUUUUAUAUGGGUAGUAAGUUUAUUGUCAUUGUGGAUAUCUUAGGGUGUAACUUUAUUGUGUUUGAUUUGAUACUACACAUCUACAUCUGCACCACUGCUUUGGGGGAAAAAAAAAAGGCAUCUUUUGUUUCACUAAGAUGCUCCCUGGGGUUGUUUUUUUAUGGCCAGAAAAGGAUAGCUGCAACUUUUCUUUCUUUGUAGAUAGCGCAGUCUGUAUCACUGUUCUUCCUUUAUAUUAAUGUUGCUGAACUGAUCAAUGAAGCAUUUAAGGGGAAAAAUAGGAAAAAGAGAGGGAAAGAGAGCUCUAAAAGAUGCAUUUCGACUUGUUGCUCAGUCUCAGACAUUUACCUCAACUCUGUUUGUUUUGUGCCAACAGCAAAGGAGAAAUAUGACUCUGGAUACAUGAGUGAUUAAAGCAAAUUUCCACUUUUUUUGGAUUAUUAAGUGCCUAACAGAUUGCUGAUCCACCUUUAACAGAGUUCAAAUCUAUAAGUGCAAAGUCUCAACCAAAUCUCUCAAGAUAAUUGGCCAGCUUGGGCUGGUUGAGGAUUAGAAUCACAUGUACGGCUAUUCUGCUCCACAUGUGGGCCAAACCUACGCUUUUGUUUUUACACUUUCUUCCUAUGUUGCGCCCUCUUCCCCUUUACCAAUGUGAAUAAUGGUCAUUACCACAGCUUCACCUUUAUUACGUGACACAUAUUCUAUCAUUUUAUACUGACCCUUUUAUCAUGUAGCUGAUAAUUUUUAUGUAAGUAAUAAUGAACUGUGUCACACCUUUGCUUCUUCCAUUUUGUAUAAUUCUGAAUAGUUUUUUUUUAAGUGUUUGCUAUACAUUCACUUGAGUAUUUUGCUUCCUUACAAGAAAAGCAAUGUUGAAAUAUUAUUGUUGU